CUUCAUUUUUUUUUCUUUCCAUUUAUAUAGAGAAAUACUAUAUAUUAAAUAAACGUAGAAUAGAUGUCUGGAUUAGAUUCAUUGCAUAUAACUGUACCUCAACCAAACUCUUAUAUGCCUUACAAUAAUCAUCGAAAUAGUCUCUCUUCUAAUAGUUCAUCAAAUAAUUCUUCGAAUGAUAGAAAUUGGGAACCUCAUGAAAUAGAAGAUUCGCAUAGACGUUCUACAAAACGAGGUGUUAGUACAUUUAUUAGUAAACUUUUUAGUAUGGUCAGUGAUAGAUGUAAUCAACAUUUGAUUUCAUGGAAUCCAAGUGGUACAUCCUUCCUCGUCUGUAACGCUACCCGGUUCUCUCAAGAAAUCCUUCCUGAACAUUUUAAACAUUCUAAUUUCUCAAGUUUUGUUCGACAAUUGAACAUGUAUGGUUUCCAUAAGAUUAAUAAAUCCCCACGCGGUCAAAGAGGCAAUAAUGAGAAUGAAAUCUGGGAAUUCUCUCAUCCUAAAUUCCAACGAGGUCGACCUGAUAUCUUGGAAGAUAUCAAACGAAAGGCGAUGGACUCUGAGCUCUUACGUCGUGAGACAGGUGAUAUUCAUGCCUCCUUUGCUAUGGUACAACUUUCGCAAGCUGAUUUACUACAACAGUUUCGUGUCCUUCAAGAAAAUUUUGGAAAUCUCUUACAGGGCUUUGAAGAGCUUAAAAAGAUUCAACUUCAACAACAGAUUAUCAUUCGAAGAUUAGCUGAACGACAAGGUCUUCCUAUAGCCACCUCAUUAAAUGAUUAUGAACUUGCUCCUAAUAAUGGUCAACCUAGUGUGUUUAUAACAUCUCCUACUGCAUCCUCUUAUGAACCACUACAACACCAACAGCAACACUGGGAUGAACCACAACCACAAAUGAUCAUGCCUUCUAUAUAUCAUCACAAUAAUAAUACAAAUUCAAAUCUGCAGCAACACCCCACUUUUUCUUUCCCGUUAGUUCAAAACCCUUUACCUCCAAGCCCUGUCUCUAGUGUUCUCUUAUCUUCUCCAUCUUCUCCAACAGAUGAACAACAACAAUGUGAUCUUCACAACAGCAACGAGAAUAAUAAUAACAAUAAUAAUAAUAAGAAUACCUUCAAUAAUAAUAAGGAUUCUUCUACUUUACGACCACAACAAGCACUUACAGUUAGUUAUCCUAAUCAUUAAUUUACCUUUUUUUUUUUAA